AAGAUGAAGCUUAAAAGCAUUCGCAGCCAAGCCAAAAUAAUUGGGACAAUUGCUGCAGUUGGAGGAGCCAUGAUCAUGACGCUGGUACAUGGACCACUUCUUGAACUUUGGACAAAAGGAAAGACCAAUCAUGAAUCUCAAAGUGGUGGGGAGAAUCCAAAUUCAAAUCAUCUUAUCAAAGGUGCCAUCCUGAUUAUAAGUGGAUGCUUGAGUUGGGCUGGCUUCAUAAUUUUGCAGGCAAUCACACUGCGGACCUAUCCUGCUGAGCUCUCGCUCACUGCGUGGAUAUGUUUUUUGGGAACAAUUGAAGGAGUUAUAGUAGCAAUGAUAAUGGAGAGAGGAAAGAGUACAGUAUGGGCCAUACAUUGGGACGCAAAGUUUUUAGCAAUUGUAUACAGUGGAAUAUUGUGUUCAGGAAUCACGUAUUACAUACAAGGAAUCGUAAUGAAAAACAAGGAUCCUGUUUUCCUGACAGCGUUCAAUCCAUUAAGCAUGGUUAUUGUAGCUGUAAUGAGUUUAUUCAUUCUACGCGAACAAAUGACCCUCGGAAGGAUACUUGGUGCUAUUGUCAUUGUUGUAGGCCUGUACAUUGUCCUGUGGGGUAAAAGUAAGGAUAACAGCACGGACAAUAGAUCUCCAUCAACAGAUGAACAAUUACCAACACAGGAACAAGCAAUUGGCGUCGCAGGCUUGGAUAUUAAUGAAGAGAAGAAGGAAGAAUAUGGCGGAGAAGAUACGGAGAUGGGGAGACUAGGGGCACCACAGCAGUAAAGAGGAAUCAAAACCCCACUCAACCCAGAGAAUCUCAUCAUGCAAAUAAACAAUCUCCAUCAUCACAUUAAAGCCAAAAUAUUUCUUUGAACCUGCUUAAGUUUAGGGUGAAAGCAUAGCCAUUAAGGAAAGAUUUCCAGCAAAACAUAGUCUACCCUUCGUAAAAAUACGCAUUUAAAAGAAAAAUAUAUUUUUCUUUGAACCUGAUGGACAGGUCGGAUUAAAUUGAUAUCAAAUGCCAGCACCUCAUUUCAGAGUGUAGAAGUACUUUUGUUGGUUUCUCCUAUGUGGAGAUGAAUUUGAAGCGGUCCAAUUUCUUGGUAAGUAUUUUAAUGUGAGUACCUUACUCCAUAGAUGAUCUUUGUUUUUAAUUAAUCUCCAUGAUAAUCCCAUCAUGAGCAAAGACAUUCUUUUCUAAUUUCA